AUGAGAUUCCUAUCACUACAGGCUCAACUCAAGAGGGAUAUUAGAGAUUCGUCAUCGACGUCAUUGUCGGAAUCUUUGUCGCAAGAGCAAUUAGAAAUUGCCAUUGAUCAAGGUCGCCAUAGUUUUAUUGCGAACACGAACAUUGUACAUUAUAAUGAGUCCUCCAACAUAUUUUGGAUUGCUAAGGAGCCAUAG